CCGUUUUCACCCAAGUGCUAUGAGUCCUGCCAAUCUCCUCCUCCUCAUGAUUGCAGCAGCAGCACCGCCGCUCUUUGCGGCACAGAACUUUAAUGAUAAUUCAACGGCCGAACCGCCGACGUUGUGGAUCAACAAUGCUCAACUCGGUGAUUCAGCCAUGCGCGUCAUUCUCCAAGAUGACCCCGGAUACUUUGGCACAGGAUUCAUAUGUGCCACCGACACCGAACCCACAUGCAAAGUUUACCUAUUUGCCGUCUUCUUUACCAUCGUUAGUGGUCUGGGUCCAGUGAUCUGGUCUGCCAACCGGGAUCACCCUGUAAAGGAAAACGCCACCCUUGAGUUUACCUUGGGUGGGAACUUAGUCCUCCGUGAUGCCGAUGGUAGUUAUGUCUGGUCAAGCGGCAGCUCAGGCCGGUCUGUAAAUGGCAUGGUGAUCACCGUGAUCGGUAAUCUGGUGUUGUUUGAUCACAGAAAUGCUACAGUAUGGCAGUCAUUUGAUCAUCCUACUGACACAUUGGCCCUUGGACAGUCACUUGUGGAAGGUAUGAGGCUCACAUCAAGUACUUCUACAAGAAAUCCGACUGAGGGUCAGUUCUAUAUCACUGUACGCCCCGAUGGAUUAAAUGCUUAUUAUGCUGAAGGACCCACAUCCUCACAACUCUACUUUUGGUACCAGAUGAAAAUAGGAAAGAUAGGAAAUGAUCCAACAAGGGCCACAUUAAUGGAUGGAAGCCUUAGCUUUAUUUUGCGGCCAGAUAUGAGCGAUAAUAUAUCAUUGCCAACAUCUAAUUACAUCCCGUACAUGAGAUUAGAUCCAGAUGGACACCUGAUGCUAUAUGGCCUGUCAAUUCCUAAUAGUGAACGUGUAGUGCUGCACGGUGAGGUGCUGUAUGAUGUACUGGGGUCAAUGGGUAUGGAUAACUGUGCUUACCCAAAAACCUGCGGGGAGUACGGCUUAUGCAUGAGGGGGCAAUGCACUUGUCCACUCCAAAACAGUUCUAGUUCCAGCUACUUCAAGCCAGUGGAUGAGCAGACACUAGAUCUUGGCUGCAUGCCGCUAACUCCAAUCUCUUGUCAUGAAAUGCAACGCCACCAGCUCUUGAGCCUUGCAAAUAUUAGAUACUUUCAUGACGACCAAACGGUUUUGAAUGCAACAAAUGAAGAUGACUGUAAGCAAGCUUGCUUGAAGAACUGCUCCUGCAGGGCCGUUCUGUUCAGAGCUGGAGGAUGCGUGUGGGUGACGAAGGUCUUCUCUUUGCAUGCAAUACAACCUGAAAAUGCUGAUUACGACUCCGCUUACCUCAAGGUGCAACUUAUCCCCUCAGUUUCUGCACCCAAUGCGGACAGAAAGAAGGUGAUCUUAGCUACUACAUUUGGAACUAUUACUACUCUUGCAUUGCUUGUCAUUGUUGUCACUCUUUAUCUUCAAAGGAGGAGAAAGUAUGAAGAGAAAGAUGAAUUUAAUUUUGAUCAAUUGCCUGGAACACCAACGAGAUAUUCUUUUCAAAAGUUGCGCGAAUGCACUCAAGGGUUCAGUAAGAAGCUCGGAGAAGGUGGGUUUGGGUCGGUUUUUGAAGGUAAAUUUGGUGAAGAGAGAGUUGCAGUGAAACGUUUGGAAGGUGCUAGACAAGGAAAGAAAGAGUUUUUGGCAGAAGUCGAGACUAUUGGAAGUAUUGAACACAUCAAUCUUGUCAGGCUGAUUGGCUUCUGUGCAGAGAAGUCUGAGAGACUUCUGGUAUAUGAGUAUAUGUUGAGAGGGUCGCUUGAUAGGUGGAUCUAUUACUGCCAUAACAAUGUGCCUCUUGAUUGGUGCACACGUUGUAAGAUCAUCCUUGAUGUUGCGAAGGGCCUGUGCUAUCUUCACGAGGACUGCAGGAGAAAAAUAGUUCAUUUGGAUAUCAAACCACAAAACAUCCUCUUGGAUUGCAACUUUAAUGCCAAAGUGGCUGAUUUUGGACUAUGCAAGCUAAUAGAUAGGGAUCAAAGCAAGGUAGUGACUAUGAUGAGAGGAACGCCUGGAUAUCUGGCACCUGAAUGGUUGACAUCACGGAUCACUGAAAAAGUUGAUGUCUACAGCUUUGGAGUUGUCAUCAUGGAAAUAGUAAGUGGAAGGAAAAAUAUUGACAACUCUCAGCCCGAGGAGAAUGUUCAGCUCAUAAAUCUCUUACAGGAAAAGGCUCAAAAUAACCAAUUGAUUGAUCUGAUCGACAAGCAUAGUGAUGAUAUGGUCUCACACCAGGAGGAAGUAGUUCAAAUGAUGAAGCUUGCAAUAUGGUGCCUACAACACGACAGCAUUCAAAGGCCUUCAAUGUCAAUCGUGAUCAAGGUACUGGAAGGUGCGAUUAGCAUAGAAACUUUCGAUGCAAAUUCACUCAUGUUUGUUCAAGAUAACCCACCAACAUAUUCAGUUCCAACUCAAGCAUCCAUAUUAUCUGGCCCAAGAUGAAACGGGCGGGUAAUGAGCAGAAGAAUGUCAAGUUAUGGACUACUGCUUUUGUAUCCUAUACUAUUUGUAUUGUUGAAAUAUGAUAGAAAUUCAAAAUUGUAGUCAACAAUAAAGCGAGCACUAUCGGAUGGCACGAAAAGAAACCUGCAGCAACCAAGUCAUGAAGGAAUGAAAGGAAGGGUUAUUACUAAUUCUAAUGGAAUAAUAAAUUGACAGCAACCAGAGAAACAAUUGGUUCCAUUUGUUGAAAGUAAUGUUAAUGUGCAUCAGAAUUACAAAUGGAGCUGGCUUUGUCUGCAGCUGAGGGACGGUUUUCAUUCACCGACCACUAACUUGCAUUUCACAAGGCCAAGGGAAGACAUUAUUACUCAUUAGAUUGUUUUUUAGGAAACC